GCCGGGAGCCAAAGGAGCAGGGAGGAGGUGGAUGGGGGAUCCAGGAGCUAAAGGCACACGGAGGAGGUGGAUGGGGAAGCUAGGAGCGCCGGGAUAGCCGGGAGCCAAAGGAACACGGAGGAGGUGAUGGGGAUAGCUGGGAUAGCCGGGAGCCAAAGGAACACGAAGGAAGGAGCUGGCUGUGCGCUCUGGGUUCGGUUCGGUGCGGUCCGAGGAGGCGCAGCGGGGAAGGUGCGGAAGGCUCGGCCAGAGCCGGCCCACCCCGCACCGCUCCAGGUGGAGCUUGUCCAUCUCUUGCCCUGGUGAUGAAGGGUAACAGAUUGGGCAACUUCCUCAAGGUCACAGAGAGAGCAAACCAGAGCAGUGUUUAGCUCCGGGGCCCCCUCAGUGGGUAUCGAUGCACUGGGUUUUAGCAGAAGCGCUAAUUUCGGGUCAAAGUUGGCGCAGCUCCUCAAAGGAUUUUGGAAAAGUAACUUUUAGAAGAGCCCUACUGUUGAAACUUCUGUGCCAAAGCUUUGUAUGCUGAGGUGAAUCCAGUCCACACCUCCUCACUGGUGGCUUUAUGUUCAUUGCUUACCUGGACCUUGAAACACAGCCUCAACUUCCUGGGUGGGUGGGUGUCUGUGAAUUUAAGGGAGCAUUGUGACACUGAGCCUUUGUCCUAAGUGGCCCUGUUUGCCCCGAGUUAAGUGACACUAACGUCUCCAGUGCUUUAGAAAGAGCCCGAGGAAGCAGGAUUAUUUGCAUCAUCUGGGUAAAUAUUAGGUGGAGAAAGAGAUGGACGUUGUGUGUGGCAUAGAUCAGUGAACUGGGAAAGGGGCAAGUUGUGGCUUUUACCUCCAGCUGCAGAUGUAAAGCCAAAAGACAGGUGGGCUAAGAUAAAUGUUGAUGUCAAACUAGGAGUUCAUGUGCCUUUUUGUCUUUCUUCCUUUCAUUUUUAAACGGUUAAAAUUUAUUCUGGCUCAUAGGACGGCCAACCUAGAGCAAAUCUAUCACAGCAGCCUAGCCUGAAAUUGGAAAUAAGUUGGAACUACGUUCCUGGAUGUUGAUGGAAAAACAAAGCAACACAUUAUUGUUGGAUGCUGGUCAAAAUAUUUGUCUUGGAGUUGCCAGUCCUGAAGAGAUGGGCUUUUCCUCCUGUGCCAGGCCAGGGCUGUAGCUCAGUGGUGGUGGCUCAGCGGUGCCUGUGCCCUGCAGCAGUGCUUCCCCAGGCUUUGAUGUGUGCAUCCUGAAACCCGCUUCUGGCAACACGAACCUCCCUGUGGAGCCAAUUCAAACCUCCUGCCAGCAAGAUUUGCUUUUCACUCUUAUCUGCCAUAGACCUCUUAGAAGUGGUAUGCAGCUCCUCAGGACUUGUACGUCACAGGUUAAAAAUCGCUGACCUGGACAGAGGACAAGGAACAGAAACACCCUCCAGUGAUUUAUUUGUCCCUAAGUCUGGGCAGAGCUGCACUUCCCAACUGCUGUGAAGAGCUGGGCAAGGAUGGAUGGGACAUAAAGCAAAGCAGAAGUCCUGGAGCCUUAGUCACCAGUCUGAUGGACUUUCAGUUCACACUUUACUCCCCAACACUUGAAUUGUUUCUGUACUGUUGACAAAGGAAAAAUGACCUCUACUCUAGGUCCACCACCGCCAUACUACGAGAACCGGGGCUUCCAGCCAGAGCCCCCCUACGCUGCCAGGCAGGCAGCAGGUGCUCCCCCUUACCCACAGCUCUUCUCCACCAGCCCUCCCUCCGUGCCAAGCUACAUCCCAAGGGUUGCCACCCACCAGUCCAGCAGGCCAGCAGCGCCCCCGCCCAGGAGAACCUGUGCAGCCAGUCUAAGGAAAACCAUAAUAAUAAUAUUAUCUAUUUUAAUAGUAAUUUGUUGUGCAAUUGCUGCUUUCUUCAUCUGGUAUUUUGUAGAGAACCACUGUCUCACCUCCCUGAUCGAGUGUGGAUCCUCAGGGGUGUGCAUCUCCCCCUCCCAGUGGUGUGACGGAGUGAGCGACUGCCCCAACGGGGAGGACGAGACGCGCUGUGUUAGACUUUUUGGACCAAAUUUUAUCCUGGAAGUUUAUUCACCUGUCAGCAAAUCCUGGUAUCCUGUUUGCCAAGAUGACUGGAAUGAUGAUUAUGGGAAGAUUGCGUGCAAAGACAUGGGCUACAGCGUGGAUACAUAUUUCUACAGUGACGGGGUGGCACCUGAAGUCAGCUUUAAGAGCUACAUGAAGCUGAACACAAGUGCUGGCAAUAUAGACUUGUACAAAAAGCUGUACAGCAGCAGUUCCUGUGCCUCAGGAAAAGUGGUUUCUCUGCGCUGCAUAGAGUGUGGCCUGUCCAGCAAGAGCGUGAGCAUCAUGAACAGGAUCGUGGGGGGCAGCGGGGCCGUGCUGGGGCAGUGGCCGUGGCAGGUCAGCCUGCACGUGCAGGGCACCCACGUCUGCGGGGGCUCCAUCAUCACCCCACACUGGCUCGUGACAGCGGCACACUGUGUGGAAGGGCGACUGUCUGACCCACACAGCUGGAGGGUUUAUGCUGGGAUUCUGAAUCAGGAUGAGAUGCUCUUCAGAAGUGGAUACAAAGUGCAACAGAUAAUUUCCCACCCAGAUUAUGACACAGACUCUAAAGACAAUGAUGUUGCCCUUAUGAAGCUGGAGACACCUCUGACUUUUACUGAAACUGUGAGCCCAGUUUGUCUGCCCAAUCCAGGAAUGAUGUUCCAGCCUAACCAGCAGUGCUGGAUAUCAGGGUGGGGAGCAGAGUACCAAGGAGGUAAGACAUCAAAUCACUUGAAUUACGUUGCGGUGCCCCUGAUAGAACGCUCGAGGUGUAAUGCUGUUUAUAUCUACAACGGCAUGAUUCUGCCUACAAUGAUCUGUGCUGGAGACCUAGCAGGGGGAAUUGAUUCCUGUCAGGGUGACAGUGGAGGUCCUCUGGUGACUCACCACCACUCGGUGUGGUGGCUGGUUGGAGAUACCAGCUGGGGCACUGGCUGUGCCACUCCCAACAAACCUGGAGUGUAUGGGAAUAUGACUGUGUUUACAGACUGGAUUUAUAAAAACAUGCAGGCAAACAGAUGACAACACUCUCAUUGCUAAUCCAUGUUCCUGAGGACAAGAAUGAACGAAGCCAUGGGGGCCUGGGAUAUUUAUUCACUUUGUGGUUGAUUUUAUUUUUCCUCUUUGAUUUUUCUUUUUAAAAGUAACAUGAAGGAUUGCACACUUGGUUCUGUGCUGGCUACAGUGACAGAUCUUAAUCAGUGAAGGAUUAUCACAAUGAGCACCUUUCUUCUCCUUGUGGUGCCUGGCAGAGUCAUUCUGUCAACUGCUUGCUGAAAUGUCUCUCUUUUGUUGAGUAACUUUCACUUGAUGAUCAGGCUUAUAAUGACAAUUUCAAUCACAAUUUUAUUUCAGAUUUUCGUAGCAGGAUGCUGAGAGAGUUGGUUUAGUAGUUUUUAAAUUAAAUUGUUAAGUGAUGUGAAUGUUGAAUCUCUGAGCUGCUGGUUGGCAAUUUUAAAAAAAUUAAUGUUUUUUUUUUAGUAUAGAAUUAUAAAAUGGUUUGGGUUGGAAGGGACCUUAAGGAUCAUCCACUUCCAACCCCGCUGCCAAGGGCAGGGACACCUUCCACUAUCCCAGGUUGCUCAAACCCCAUCCAAACUGGCAUUAAACACUUCCAGGGCUGGACCACCCUCAACUUCCCUGGGCAACCUGUUCCAGUGCCUCACCACCCUCACAGGGAGGAAUUUCUUCCUAAAAUCUAAUGUAAAUGUGCCCUCUUUCAGUCUGGUGUCACUACCCCUUGUCCUCUCACUCCAUGUCUUUGUCCAAAGUCCCACUCUAGCUCUCUUGGAGGCUCAUUAGGGACUGGGAAAGGUGGUGAGGUCUCCCCAGAGCCUUCUAGAGGCUGAGCAGCCCCAGCUCUCUCAGCCUGUCUCCACAGCAGAGGUGCUCCAGCCCUUGGAGCAGCUUUGUGGCCUCUUCUGGACUCGCUCCAGCAGGUCCAUGCUGGGGAUCCCAGAGCUGGAUGCAGAUUCCAGGUGGGGUCUCAGGAGAGUACAGGGUGAGGGAUAUAUAUAUACAUGAAGGGAAUUUUUCAUGCACUACAGUGCAGGCACAGAAAAUAAAAUAAAUACGCUGUCUAUUCAGGUAGUUAAAAAUCCUCAGGAUCUCAACACAGCCCUCAGUCAGAGUCAGGCUGGUGCAGCCUGGCUGCCUCAGACCUUACAGAAAUGUGCCUUAAGCUGCUCUGAACCCAAAAUGGGAGCGUUGUCCAUGUGGGAUGUGGAGAGGGAUGCCCCGGACAGGCAUGUUCCUCCAGACAGGGAUGUUCCUCCAGACAGGGAUGUUCCUCCAGACAGGGAUGUUCCUCCAGACAGGGAUGCCUUGGACAGGGAUGCCCCGGACAGGGAUGCCCCGGACAGGGAUGCCCCGUACAGGGAUGUGUCCAGACAGGGAUGUGUCCAGACAGGGAUGCCCCGGACAGGGAUGUUCCUCCAGACAGGGAUGUUCCUCCAGACAGGGAUGUGUCCAGACAGGGAUGCCUUGGACAGGGAUGCCUU